UGAUGGAUUACAGUCCGGAAGUGACGUCGCCCCUGCCAGUCAACCUAACAAAUAUAUGCUCUACUCUAAAAAUUAUAUGUUAACGCGACGGCUGUUACCUUCAAAUUUGUAUUCUAUUGUCUAUUAUAGGACGCGCCUGAAUUGGUCCCACGUAUGGUAAAAAUGAAGACAAACUGAAAUCCGCUGGCUCUUUCUCCAGAGCUUCUGUAGAGCCCAGAGCAGAUCUAAAUACACACCCAGUGUAGACAACGGGUAAAUCGACUAUAGCCUAUAAGUCAUAAAGGAGAGAGAGAGAGAGAAAAAGGGAAAGUUUGGGCUGCUCGGAUCCAUGUUGGUUGUGUGGAAUUACUUAUACGUGGUUAAGCAGCGAAGCGCCUCCCAGUGCCUCGGUCACAGAUCUUGAUACCCUGCGCAUAUAUGCAGAAUGUAUUUUGGGUUGAGCGCAAUCCUAUAGCUGAGGAGGGUCCUUCCACUUGCCCACAGGGCCCCCUCCACCUCAGCCUUCCUUCCCUUCUUUAUACAUCUCCUCCUGCAUGGACGCCCGAUGCCGGACCAUGCUGAAAUAUUUGGGAAGAAACUCGGUUCCGUGGCUGGAUUCUAAUUUGAUGUUUUGUUGGGAAUAAUCUCCCCAUUUCUGACAGGACAGAACUUACACUGACUAUUUAUUCAACCUCAGAGACCGCUCAGGAAAACUAAGUGAACACACAAACCAGUUAAAUUAUUAGAUGUUUGAUCAGGCCACGAGUAUGGGCGAUGGGAUCGCCGAAGACCGAAACCACUGUGGAUCCAAUUCGUUGUGCAGUGACCGCGGCAGAGACGCCAAAAUCCGGGCGGAAGUGGGGAACCGGUCACCUGUGCAGAGUUCUACCGACACACCGGGGACUUCGGCGUCCACACCGACUUCAUCUAGCGAGGAUGGACACGAUAAACUUUUAGGAGUCGAUCCGGACUACUGCCGAAGGAUUCUGGUCAGAGACGCCAAGGGCACUAUUCGGGAGAUUGUUUUGCCAAAAGGCCUGGAUCUAGACCGGCCGAAGCGCACGCGGACCUCGUUCACGGCGGAGCAGCUCUACCGACUGGAGCUAGAGUUCCAGCGAUGCCAGUAUGUGGUCGGGCGCGAGCGCACGGAGCUCGCCAGACAGCUCAAUCUUUCAGAAACUCAGGUGAAAGUGUGGUUUCAAAACCGCCGCACUAAACAGAAGAAGGACCAGACCAAGGACACAGACAAACGGUCGUUGUCCUCUACAGAAUCGCUCGCCACAUGCAACAUCUUGCGGCUGCUUGAACAGGGGCGGCUUUUAUCUGUGCCUGCGCCUCCACCCAACCCACUGCUGGCUCACUCGCACCCGGGCAACGGCUCGCUCCUGGGCAGCUCGACCGUAUCCACUUCCUCUGGGGUGAGUAGCAGCACCACGCCUUCCGGGGCAGCGGCAGGCGGGACGUUCGGACUGUCACUGUCUUCUUUAGGCGGCACCCCACCCUCGCCGCGCCUCGGGGUCCCACCGCCCUCCCUUUGCUUUACCAUGCCUCUCUUGGGCAGCACCCAUCACGAACUGCCAUCGGGAUACGGGUGUGGAUCCUCAGCGUUUGAGCCCUACAUGAGGAUAGAGAGGAAGGACGGAGAGUUAAAUGGGAAGAAGACUGUUUCCUAAAAACAUUCCCAAUCUACUGGUACCUUCUCACCUCUAUCUGUCUCAGGGGUCUCACCUGUGCCGUAAACAACUGAAAGUUUUACAAACUAACAGAAAGCGAUUGAAUGAUGGCCUCUCUUGUGCUAGUGCCUACAACCAAACUGAGGCCAGUCGGACUCCAUCGUUCCAGUCGAGGUGAGCGUUUGGGACGAAGCCUGUAAUUAAGCAUGACUGUGUUCGGUCAAUUGCGUCGUCCACACGUUUCCUUCCAUUUUUGCAUUACGUGUGUUGAGGAACUUAUUCUUUGUGAAUGAUGGAAAACGCCGUAAAUGUAACUGUAAUUUUAAAAGGCUAAAUAAUUUCUAAAGUUUGUUUCCAAAUGGGUGUUAAAAAAAAUAGAAAAACUAUGAAAAAAUGAUCAACAUUUUGGUAUGAUUUUAUGCUGCUCUAAAUGAAUUGACUUUGGGGAGCUUCUUGUUGAUAUAAAUGUGAGUCUGUGUGAAAGUAUCAGAAUGAGAGCAUUAGGUGAGUGAGCACAUACAGUAACUAUAACAAGGCACUGACAAAUUUUGUGGCAUUUAUUUCACACUGGACCUUGGUACUAAUGAGAGUUUAAUGGACAGAGUGAUUAUUCAUAUAGGAGUGAUGCAACAUUAAAUUUGAGCAUGUGGAAAAUUAUACAGGUCUUUAGCAAAAUGCAAAUAAUAGCGUCUAAAAAUACUCGUCACAUGUGCUUCCCAUCAAGGAUAAGUUGUCGCAAUGCACAACUCUUCAAAAUAUGUUUCUUUUCUUGCUAACACAUGAAAUUCUCAAUUGAAAGUGUUAGCAAUGUCAGGGCAAAUGACAAAACAAAAAUUAUAUUUAAUGUAGUUUCCAUUCACUACUAUAGAAAUUCACCCAAUUAUGUUGACUUCCACUUCUGAUAACCCCAGAACUGUGAAAACGGUCCACUGCCCCUUUUUAACAUACUUCCUCUUGUCAGAGUUGCUUCCAAAUCACUGCAAAGGGCUAAUUCUUGACUUCCAAGAUGAGCCAUAUUUCAAAGUCUUUCUUGUUUCAUUUUGUGAACUCUUAAUCAAUGCUUAAUUAUUGGUUGAGCAUUCAUAGGAUCAGUUUCACAUUAUGUGCACAUCAUUCACUGACUGCAGUUUACAUGCACUAAUGCUUGCCAUUGCAGUAUUAUAGACUUGGAGAUUGAAUCAAAACAAAUAAACACUUACAAAAAAGUACUUUGAUAAAAGGAUUGCUUUAAAGAACGAUAGUACUGUUUUUGUUUUGCGAGAAAUUUAGAUUUUUCACUUUUCCAAAAUUAUAACCUUUGUCCUCCCUUCAGUAUUAGUUUGAGCCAUAUUUGUCAGAGCUGUUAGGAGAGUUCGGUGCUCUCUUGCACAUGCUUUACAUGACUGCAGAAUUACAACCCACAAUUAUUCAGCAUUAUUUCAUUACCUCAAAUCAGAUGCACUUUAUGUUUAUGGGUUUUCCUAGUCUUCUUCACUCAAAACCUGCCAUGCAUAUUGGUAAGAAUUGCAUGCAUCAAUUUUAAAAAAUUCUCCAAACAUUCCCAGUUUAUGUUUGUUGAAUGAUAGCCACAGACAUCUACUGCAACUACUUCCCAACCUCUAAACUGAUUUAAUGAAGCCUUGCACCAAAGCUAGGCUAACACAUGCAGACACAUGCGAUAGUUUCAUAUUUAAAAGAUGAUUUUGUAGGCUGUUUCUAGUAAAGGAUUAUUUACACUGAGCAUUCUGCAUGAAUAAGUCAAAACAAUCCUAUUCACAUUGGAACGAAAUUUGGCAGACAACUUGUUUUGAGUCCUGUAAGUCCAUUUUUUCCCUAUGUGUGGCAAAAAACCCCCCAACAAAUUAGAUUUGGGGUCGUAAAAUGGAUGUAUCUGUGCUGAGAGAAAUGGUUAUUGUCUGGUUGAGCUGAAAUCUGUUUUGGGUUGGGCGAGCUGGUUUGUAUUUUGCAUUAAAGCAUGUGAAAUGCUUUUCUGCUUUGCUCUAGAGUAAACAGACCUUUGCACUUACUUGUUUUGCUCUUAAGGAGCAUUCAAAGUGACAGCGAUUUCAGUCAGUGAAAGUUGCUGAAAGUUGCAAUUGCCUAUUUUAUAUUUUUAAAAUAAACUUCCAUAGCUACAACACUGUACUUUGAUCCUUUCUCUAUUUCUAUCCCCUGACAGCAUCCUAGGUUGGACGUUGAAGGGAUAGUUAAAGCCAAAAUGAAAAUUGUAUAAUUUACUCACCCUUGUUUCGUUUCAAACCCGUAUCGACUUUCAUGGAAUGGCGAAUCUUCUGUGAAACAAAAGAGAAACAUUAAACAUACAGAAGCAAUGACUGAUACACUAUAUCUUCUGAAAGUCAUAUGAUCAUUUUGGGAGAGUAUCAGACUAACAACAACAGUAAGUUGCUUUCUGAAGCUUGAAAUCACUAGUCCCAAUUCAUUUUGCUUGCAUGGGAAGAGCAAGAAAGUCUUUGCAACAAUAUGAGGGUGAGUGGAUGAAGACAGAAAUUUCAUGUUUGGGUGGACUAGUCCUUUAACUCAACUUCUCUAGGACUUCAUAUCAUCCUAUUGAAUUGCUCUUCCAUUGCUUUCUAAAGAAGACAUGGUUUUAGCUUCUUAUACAUCUAGUAUUUGAUUGCAAAUGGAUUGUAACUUGUGCAUAAAAGUUCUCGUUGCAGUGGUGGUGUUGUCGAACAUGGUUAUUUCUUAUAAGCAUCAUGUAUAAUUCACUGCAGCAUCAUUUAGCCUGAAGCGCUGAGACAGACACUGGCUCAUAACAGUUCAGACUUAAGAGAAAAACAAACCCAUAAACGUUGCACUUUUCUUUUCUCACUCUCUGUUUUUUGGUGACAUCUCUCAAACGGUUUCCUAAAACAAUGAUGUGUUGAUCAUUUUUUAACACGAUAACUGAGAGGAAAAAACUAAUGGAGCAUCUCACAGACCUGUGAAUUUGAAAAAGCAGCAGAGUUAUCAAGCUUUGUAAACAUUAAAGAGAGUACUGAUUUUCUUUACCAUCACUACAAUUUUAUAAAAACUUUUUUACCCCUUGAAUUAUGUGAACCAUAUGCCUGAAAUGUUUUCACAGUAUGUUGAACAAGCAAAGACAGUAUAUAUAUAAAUAACAUUGCCACAGAUAUGAUUGUAAAAUGUGGUUUGAGUUUACUGUGAGUGUGUGGAAAGAUUUUAUUUUUUAUUUGAACUUACUUCCAUAUUUCUUCCAUUGUUAAAGGGUCAGUGCUCUUGUCCUGGCACAAAGAUUAUGUGUAAGUAAGCCAUAAGCUUUUUGGCAGUACAGCAUUUGUGUGACCAUGUCAAAAAAUAAGAAUAAAAAUAUUACAUAAUGGCACCAGCUUCUCACGAAUAAGAAAACACUUUAACAGUAUGUAAAUAUAUGAGUCUUUGCACAGUAUUUUCAUGUUGUAUUAUGUGAUCUUACAGAAAAAAAUGAAUGAAAAAACAAACAAACAAUAUAAAUGCUUUACAAUUCUUUGUCUCAUUAACUAUUUGCACUUAUUUAAGAAGUUUGUGUUCUGUGGCAAAAGAGCCUUUCUCAUGGUUUGGCUAAAAAGCCAAGAUAUUGUACAAUAUGUACAUGUGUUUUUAUUCAUAUGCAUAUAAAUAUAUGUCUAUGUAA